AAUGCUGCCCGCACCUUUUUCCAGCGCCGAGGCCCGGCAGGUGCCUCCCACUGAAGCGACAGGCUCAGGGCCCGCUUCUUCCCCUCCAUCACCGCAGCCGAGUCCACCACAGCUGGCGUACUGCCCGCCCUAUUUCCCUCAGCAGCAGGCGCAGAUGCCGAUGAUGAUGUACCCCUACUUGUAUCCACCCAUGCCCACGCCCGGCUACAUGCCACCUUCAUCCGCGCCCGCAGCGGGUGCGCAGCCGCCCAGCCAGCUCAACACUCCCCCGCUGCUCGAUCCCUCCCUGCAGCAGCAGCAGCAGCAGAUGUUGAUGCAGAUGCGGAUGAUGUACCCCUAUCUAUUCCAGCCCAUGUAUAUGCCCGGCUACGCACCACCACCGGCAACACAGCCGCCGAGCCAGUUGAGCGCGCCUCCCCAACAAGAGGACUCGUCUCCGCAGCUUUGGGAAGAUCAUUCCCAGCCGCCGCAAGAGCAGCAGCAGCAACAGCUGCCGAUGUACGCACCGUGGAGCGCAGCCGCGCCGCAGCACCCUCCUUCCGCCAUCCUUACCAGCGAUCUCUUCGCUCCUGGCACCUUCCUCUCACCCGCCUCCAUCAUGCCACCGCCACCGACCACCGCGCUGGGCUACGCGCAGGGCACCCCGACUGUUCACCUGGGACUCAAGGUAGCGGUGGCCUCCACGAGGAAAAUUCUGACCUGCUACGCUCUGCUCUUCCUCUUCCUGCUCGCUACCGGCCUCAUCCUCCUCGGGGCGUGGUGUACCCCGGCCAGCCGAGAUCAUCUCUUCUUCACUCGGCCCACGCCUGAUGUCAUGGAAAGUGACACGUAUGCACGCUUUUUUGGCGGCGCUACUGGGAAGAUGCUCUCCACCUACGCGCACUACGCACCCUGCACGGUACUAAAGCAGCAUGGCUGCACCGUGCUGACGCAGCGAGAUAUUCUGUACUGGUUGGCGAACAUAACAAAUGGGAUGCAGGAUCCUUUUCCUGAUAUCUUCGUCUACAGCAACGUAUCCGAUGGUAUCUUGAGCUCUUGCGAGUACUUCUCACGUCCCGCACUUCCGACGCAUCUACCGGCGAAUCACGUGAACGGUAGUCUUGUAAACCGUACUGUGGAAAAGGGUCUGAUACUACCCUCAGGGAACGUUGGUGUCGCCCCCAUCCUCGGCACUGACAACAGAGGGAAUGACGCCUUCGGUAGCGCGGAGCAGCUGGAAUUGUCGCCGGAAGACGUCGAUCCGGAAACACCAGCCAAUCGUUCUCUUGCACCACGUGAGAUUGGCCUCGUGCUUCGGCACAGGUUUUGGCACGCACCAGAGGUCCCUACCCUCCCAAAAAUAAUGGCGAACAAGACAGGCAUCCGCAUGCAUCUCCAUUCCACCUUUCCCGAGGGAGUGCGAGCCCGCUUCCUCGUCACGUGCAACACUGACAGAGAGACGACGGACAUGCUCAAGCUUGCACGGGUCCUCCGCGUCAACCUCACGGACAUCGUCCCCGCUAAUCACACCGGUACCGCCUUCCCGCUCUCCGCCUACACGCUCUUCACCGCCACCCCCAACUCCCCCAUCUCGUACACCUUCAACACCUCCCUGCCCUCGUGUGCGCACUACUACAUCUACUGCGAGGAUCCCAGCGUGUACGUCCUGCUCGCCUCGGCCAACGAGCUGCGUCGGUGCGGCGGGGGCUCCGUGGUGGCCAACGCGACUCUGCCAGACGCCCUCGUCACCGUCGUGGUGUGUGACGUGGUGCCGCGCGAGAUCGGCGUCGACCCCCGCAAGAACGGUGACCUGCUCUUCACCGCCAGGGGCGUCUUCUCCAUGCACCUCACCGUGGGUACUCGGUCCGUGAAGUUUCCAGACGCGUACCAAUCCUUCGACGCCGGGCUGAGCACGUCGGCGGUUGUCUUCAUCAUCGCUCACGCUCUGGUGCUCGUUUCGAUGGUGCUCCUCGCCACCGCAGCGUGUCUCAUCCCGGUGCAGCGCUGCAAGCUGCAUCGACUGCGGGCCGCCCUCGAGGAAGACGCCGCCGUUGCCAUGGCGAUCCUGUACCGCGCACAGGGCGCCCUCACUGGACCGCUGCCGCCGGUUGCCGCCUCCGCCACCGCGGCGGACUCCCCGGUCCCCCACGACGACAGCAACGCCGGCAGAAGCGGAAGCGAAGGCGGCCGCAUCGCCACCGCCUCCGCACUUGCACCCGCACCCGAUGCCUCCAUGUACGUCGCCUCGCCCUUCUACCGGCCGGCGGCGGGGACGGAGGUGGUGCGGGUGGGCGAUGCGUUGAUGGUGUUGGCACCGCACCCGCACAUGCAAAUGCAAAUACACGCGCCGCAGACGUCGCAGUCGCCCUACGGCGAGGGUCACUACCUGUCCCAGUCGGGCGAGGAGGCGGAGGCAGAGGAGGCGUCUGCGCUGGUGCGCACCGUCGGCCUCCGCGACGCCCCUGAGCCGGACGAGCACCGCCGCAGCAGCAGCAGCAGUAGUAGCAUUAGCAGCGGGUCAGAGAAGGGAGGGGAGGAGGAGGACGACGCUGCCUUCAUGGUGCCGGAGGGGGUGGUGUCGCCAACGGAGAUCGUGCUGCCCAUCACCACACCAGCGCGUGCGAAUCCGCAGCAGCAGGAGCCCGGACAAGAUGCUCAUGAGCUCGAGUCGCUCCCCAGCACCGCCUCUCCUCCACCGCCGUCAGAGCAAGCGGACAGCGACGAGGGCGGUGAGGCGCGCCUGCUGCGCAGCGUGGCCGUCAUCGACAACACCAGAGGCAACAACAGCCACCACCGCAGCAGCAGUAGCACCGGCAGCGCCCCCGCCCGCCUGCACGCGUCGCCGCUAUCGCCCCCACCACCGGAGGAGCAGCUGCAGCACUACCCGCUCCCUCAGACGCUCCCGGCGUUGCGGAGUGCUGGUGCGGUGCCAGAGCACGGCGGGGUGACACCGACAAUGCCACCUGCGCAGCAGCACCCACCGGCGCUGCAGGCGACGGCGCUGCCCAACACGGACUGGAUGUUCACCCAGACACGCCACCUCGUGAGUCCGGAGGCGCUGGAGGAGAGCGCGCCCGCCACCCCGCACAGCCGACCGACGCGAUCGCGGCUGCAGCGGCUGCGUGACCGAGUGCUGCACCGCCGUAGCGCGUCGGAGGACGGCGCGUCGGUGCGGGCCAACUUCCCUGGCAGCUCCACCGACGAGGAGGACAGGGAAAGCGACGACGCCGCGGCCGACCGCCACUACGCCGCGCCGGAGAGCUCGCCCGGGGAGCGUACCAUCCAGCUCUUCGUGAUGCGUGCUCGCAACUCGUACCGCCGCACGCGUCGCGCGCAGGUCCACGUUCUCCGCACGGUCUUUCUCUACAUGCACGUGGUGGCGAUCUUGGAUGCCGUUUUUAUUAUUUUGGUGUUGGGCUUUCAGCUUUCCGGAGUCUUUGUGGACUUCCCGGGCCGACUGCAGCUGCGGUACGGUGACACACUGACGAUGAAGCGACGUGUGGAUAGCGGCCACCUCGCGCAGCUAAUUAUUUCGACGGUCCUUUCCAUCGCCGUCGUUGCCGUGUCGCUUGCGAUCCGCUGGCAGCGUGUUUGGUAA